CGACCGUUGAUUGCCCCAGCAUACACAUUAUAUUAUUGUGUUCUUUAGUAUCUUCCCAGGUUGACUUUAAUGGCUGCCUACUAGCGUGCCAAUCAUAACGGUCUUUCAGCGAUGCCAAAGCUAAGGUUACGCGUGGCUUCAUCCGGUGCUACGUUCAGGCUUGAAUUGCCGCCAGGAUGCACAUGGGAAGGUUUGCAGCAGGAAGCGCGCCGCGCAACAGGGCUUCCUCCGGAAUCUGACAUCGCCCUGUCGCUUAACAAGAAGACACCGCUGGCUGGCGCAGCAACCGACCCGCUAGACUCUCUGGGCAUAUGCAACGGCGACGUCGUAUGGUUGCUCCAUCCUGAUCCGCUGGCGACCUUUGCAGGCGCUAUUGCAGCGCCAUCCGCAGCCAUAGCCGCGCCCACAACAACCACAAACAAUAACCCGCAAGUGCCGCUACGACAGCCGCAACAACAACAAACUCCACAAACAGCAAUCGAUUCGGUUCCAACUGCCGUACAAGCCCCGGAAGCCUUGCAGCCGCAGGGCUCGGCCGCUGCAGGCAGUGGGGGCGGCACCACCGCAAGCGGUGGCGUGUCGGGUGACCGGAUGAACAUCGACAGCAGCGGGGGCGUCCGCAUCAGCAGCGGGGGCGUCCGCAAUGCGGAUGCGCCUCGGGAUUCAUCACCCCAGGUGCAGGAGGCGAAGACGGAGACGGAGGCUGCGGGCGGGACCGCAGACCCUUUGGGCCUUCCCUCCGGCAUAUCCCUCACCCUGCGGCGUCUGCUGGCGCGAUCCCUCUCCGCCCCCACUUCUGGCGCCGCUGCCGCUCCCUCCUCCACCCCCUCCUCCUCCUGCCGCCAGUCCGCUGCACCUCCUCCUCCCUGGUCCCAGCUGCCCGCCCGGGUCCGCUGCCUGCUGCUGCUGGACUGCGCACUGGGGGAGGCGGGGCUGGUGGGGGUGCAGGACCUGCCCGCCCUAGCCAGCUGCCAGCCCCUCUCCCUGCCCCGCCUGCUGCUCUACCGCUGCCCCCACACGGAAGCUGCGGCGGCGGAGGCAGCGGAGGCGCUCCACGCCACCACCACCUCUACAGCAGCAGGAGCAGCGGGAGCAGCCGCCGCUACAGCAGCCGUCCCAGUUGUGGCUAUGAGGGAUGCCGUCGGCUCGCACGGAAGCGGCGGGGAUGCCGCUUGUGCAGGCGGCGACGGCGGCGGCAGUGGAGGAUCAGCGGCGGCGCCAGCGGCGGCGGCCAAGCUGUACUGGUACUGCAUGGGGCCACGUUACCUGGUCGUACACGGGGUGCCGUACAAUAACAACAAUAACAACACAGCAGCAGCAGGUUCAGGUGGCGGCGGCAGCGGUGGCGGUGGCGGAGGCGGUUCGUCCACAACCCCGACCACCGUAACGCUCCACAUUGACCUGUCGGAGUACGACAACAGUGCAGCUGCCGCCACUGUCACCGCCGCCACUGUCACCGCCGCCACUGUCACCACAACCGCCAACGCCGUCGCUACCUCCUCGAUCUCCGCCAACGAAGCUGCCGCUGCCACUGCGGCGGCGGCGUCAGUGGCAGCAGGCUCCGCACCCGCGCCAGCGGCGGCGCCUCCCUCCUCCUCCAAACCAGCUGCCGUACAACCCAGCCCUUCUUCCUCUCCUCCGCAGCAGCCGCCGUCGUCUCCCCUCCCGCUGCUGUCCCUCCUGCCGUCGGACCUCAAGACCCACUGGCGGCGGCUGAAGGAGGGGCUGGCGCUGCCGCUGCUGGCGGCGGUGUGUCGUACGGCGGGUGUGGCGGCGCCGCUGUGGGGGCUGACGUCACUGCCGCUGGAGCUGCAGCUGGGGGUGCUGCGCUGGCUGGGGGCCCCCGACCUGGCUGCCCUCAGCGCCACCUGUGCUGCACUGCACGGCCUGGCCUCCGAGGACUGCCUGUGGAGGCCGCUGUACGACAGGGAGUUCCUGAUGACACCCUGCGCCUCUUCGACUUCUUCUGCAUCUUCCGCUUCCGCG